AUGGAGCGGUUGCCUGCAUUCUUGUUUAACCCUACACUAGAGGUACCAGAGCAGAACGACGAGCUCCGCUUUUUCGCCGAGCUCCCCUUUUUCCACUCCGAGCUCGACUCCGAGCCCGAGCCCGAGCGUCCCAUCAUUGCCAUGCGCUUCGACAUGCCAAUACCCACGCCACACUACAUCACGAUUAUGCUCGCCCCUCAUUGCGACCAGCUGCACCCGCCCAACCCUUCGCCUUGGAUCUGGGAGGUGUCUCGGGACGCGAUCCCCACCUACGAACUGCUCAAACGCACCGUCAUGAACCUCAUGCUCAUCGGCAACUCCACCCGCUUCUUCGGACCCAGGUCACUGCUAGCGCUGCCCGAGCUAGAGCAGACCAUGCACUUCCACAUGACUCCCAAAAGACACCCGUGCUUCUUCGAACAGACAGCGUCCGCCAGCGAGCAGCUCAACCGGGAGCGCGGCGGCGGCGGCAGCGGCAGCGACGGCGUCGAUGCCGACGGCAUCAUCACGGACGACAGGUGGCCGAGUGGCUGGGACUACGACCGUGUGCUGAGGGAGCGUAAUUUCUUGUUUCUGCAUGUCAUGCCCGAGGGGCACUGGGCGUGGCAGGAGAGGAUGCGUGAGAGGGUUGCGGAGGAGUUGAGUCGUUUGAUUAUGUGGGGAUGA